AUGUCGGGUGCUAUGGGCGAAGAGGAGAUUGACCUCUACGGUCUUCUCUCGAUCGAGAGGGAUGCGACUCAGGACCAAGUCAAGAAAGCCUACCGUCAGGCAGCUCUUAAAUACCAUCCCGAUAAAGUUCCGGUAGAACAACGCGAGGAAUCCGAAGCCAAGUUCAAAGAAAUCACACGAGCGUACGAAAUUCUCAGCGAUGAGCAGAAGAGACAUCUUUAUGAUGCCCACGGCAUGGCAGCCUUUGAUCCAUCCCGCGGAGGUGGUCCAGGCGGACCCGAAGUAGACCUCAACGACAUACUCUCCCAGAUGUUUGGCUUUAACAUGGGCGGCCCUGGGGGUCCUAAAAGGCCGAGACGCGGACCCGACGAGGAGCAGGAAUAUAAAGUUACGCUUGAAGAGCUCUACAAGGGCAAGACAGUCAAAUUCGCCGCUAAUAAGCAGGUUGUUUGCAGUCAGUGCAAGGGAUCUGGUGGUAAGGAAAAAGCCAAAUCAACCACUUGCGAACGCUGCAAAGGCAAUGGCAUGGUUGAGGCAAUCAGACAGAUCGGGCCGGGCAUGAUGAGACGAGAAACCGUCUUAUGUGAUCACUGCCAAGGCGCCGGGCAGGUAUUUAAGGAGAAGGAUCGCUGCAGGAAGUGCAAGGGGAAGCGGACGAUGCAAGAAAAGAAAGCCUUGGAGAUAUACAUUCCACGAGGGUCAAUGCAGGGCGAGAGAAUUGUUCUAGAAGGCGAAGCAGAUCAGUAUCCAGACCAAAUACCUGGCGACAUUGUCUUCACUCUGGUAGAGGAGCAUCACGAUACUUUCUCGCGCUUAGGUAACGACCUCUCGGCAGAGCUCACGGUCACGUUGGCGGAAGCCUUAACAGGCUUUUCUCGAGUCGUACUCAAGCACCUUGACGGCCGAGGAAUUCACAUCGAACGACCGCGAGACAAAAUCUUGCGGCCCGGCGACUGCUUAAAAAUCGCUGGCGAAGGUAUGCCUAUGAAGCGAGGCGAGGUGAAAGGAGAUCUUUACCUUCUUGUAACUGUGGAAUUCCCUGAGGAUGGUUGGUUAAAGGAUGAUGCUUCGUAUGAAGCCCUGCAAAAAAUGCUGCCACCACCUCCCCCUCCUAUCGAGGCUGAGGAAGUUGAUGAACUGGAAUAUGAAGAUGGAGCCGACAUUGAGAAGAUGGGCGAAAACUCUGGAGAUCCUCGGUUCGCAAGCGAGUGGGGAGACGAGGACGAAGAUGACGGCCAACCUCAAUGCCAGACGCAGUAA